AUAGGGACGACGGUCGCGGAUGGUCUCCUGCUGGGCGACACCUGCCAGCACGAUAUGGACUGCUCGGACAGCGUGAAGGGCAGCUACUGCACCCUGGAGGGCCUCUGCGAGUGUAGCCCGUUCUACGUGCGUCUCAACGCGUCGUCCUGUCUGCCGUCCCAACUGCUCGAGAGCGAAUGCCGCCUGUCGGAGCAGUGCUCGAUGCGGGUAGCCAACAGUAGCUGCCUCGAUGGCCGCUGUCAGUGCGACGGUGGCUUCCUGCAGUUCCGCAAGCACACCUGCCUUUCGCCCGCUCAACCGGGUACGGUGUGCUACAGUCACGCGCACUGCCGUAUGUGGGACGGGGAAAGUCACUGCGAUUUCCUGAUCCCGAACCUGUUCGGCCGCUGCCAGUGUACGUCUCCGGCGCGCCAAAACGGGCCAACCUGCGUGACGGAACCGGCCCGGGACCCGGAGCCCCCGGUCGGGUUUGCGAGGCCCCAGCAGGAGACGGCCACACCGAAGGGAGAAGCCCCCGGGACGACGGCGGCGGCGACGGACGGCGGGGGUUCGAUUGAUCGGAUGUCGACGACGACCGAGGACGACGUGAUCGUGGUGGAGAACUUCGUGGAGACGACCACGAUGGACGACGAUGGGGGGAUGAGUGCGGCCGAGGAUCACAUUACCACCGAGUACCAACCGGGCCCGACGUCGACGGAGCAGACCGAGGAAGAUGGCACCACGAUGACGGACUUCAUCGAGAUCACCACCGGCCCAGGGACGACGGUAGGCGUCCAGACAACGCGCAGCGGAAUGGAGGAGUACGAAAACACGGAAGAGUACGCCGACCUGGAGCGAGAGGUGGAGCAGCAGUUCCGGCAGCAGGAGCUGGCCGAUGCCCUGGCCACGACUACGGCGGCCGCUUGGGCAAACGAGAUUGCUGACGUCAUCACGAGCCAGGAUCGGGAAGACCGGGAUCCGGCUACCACCACGCGAACCACCGUGGAGAUUGCGGUGCAGGAUGCCGGAAGCCCGGAAACGACCGAGGACGAGCCGACCUCGACCGUGGCGGGCGAGCGCGACACGGAACCCACCGGAAGCGGGAAUGAAGUUGAGCUUGUGGCACCGUUCGAAACGGUCGCGCCGGAAACCGAUGGCCAGCAGGCUGCAUCGCUGGUGCAGGAAGCGUUGGCCGACGAGCGGGUUGCCACCACGCUGGGUCAAACCGAGCGCUACGAAGACACGACGACGGCUCGCCGGGUUGCCGCCGAACAGGAAACGCAACCGGAGGCUGACGCCCCGACGACGACGGAGCGCGUUGAGCAGUACUACGAUGUGCAGCUGCGCCGCCAGGACUCGAAGCUGUUCGACGAGGACGACACGGAGGAGCUGCCGGUGGAGCAACCGUCGGCCGUGGGCAAGGAGCGGUACGCGGCCCGCGAAACGACGGCCCACUUCGAGCGGGACAACGAAAUCGCUGGCUCGGAACCGACUCGCACGACGACGACGGAAACGUUGCUGCGUUUGGCCAACCGCCGCACGACGGCCAUGGAACCGGAAGCGCCGCUCUCGACGACCGUUGCCUCGGUGCUACUGGAAACGACCACCACCACCACGACGACGACCACAAAAAGGCCGACGCGCAGGACGACGACGGCAACGCUGCUACUGCAACCGCCAUCUAGCGGGCAAUAGUGGAGUGAAUCUGGCAAUUUGUGUCUCGGCUAACGCUUCUCUUCUCCCUCAGGCACUCCCUCUCUCCCACGGACUCGCGUGGAUCUUGGAGAUGGCCCCGUUUCGCUGGGAUUGCCCUGCGGAAACAGUGAGCAGUGCCAGUUGGCCGACCCGUACAGCUACUGCAACGACGAGGGGCGCUGCGACUGCUCCUUCCACCAGCCGGACGACUCUUGCCGAGCCACCAACACUGGCUGCUCUCGCGGAACGUUCCAGUGCCGUUCGAGUGGAAUCUGCAUCAGUUGGUUCUUCGUGUGUGACGGCCGGCCCGACUGUAGCGACGCGUCGGACGAGGAGUGCAGCUUUGCGACGACGUCGGCUGGAAAUGGCACGGAAUCGGACUGUCCGGAGCUGUCGUUCCGGUGCGGUCAGAGCGGCCGGUGUAUCUCGCGGGCCGGGAUCUGCGACGGCAAGGUGCAGUGUCCGCACGGGGAGGAUGAGGUCAACUGCGAUUUCCGGAAGUCGCGCCGUUGCCCCCAGCACACGUUCAUGUGCCGCAGUGGCGAGUGUCUGCCGGAGUACGAGUACUGCAAUGCGAUCGUGUCCUGCCGGGACGGGAGCGAUGAACCGGCGCACCUGUGUGGGUCGCGGGCCGUGCCUAACUUCUUCGUCAAGCUGCUGAGUGCUCCGACGGCCCGCGGCCGUAACUACUGCCCGAUGCGGUGCGGCAAUGGCCGAUGCCGAUCGACCGCCAUCGUUUGCUCCGGGCGGGAUGGCUGUGGUGACGGCAGCGACGAGGAUCGGUGCUCCGUUUGCCGAUGCCCGGCGCCAGCCUACAGCAACCCGGCCACCCUGCAGUCCGUCACACCGGCCGUCGUUUCGAAGCCUCGGAGUAGGACGAGCCGCAUCACCGGUGGUCGCUGGACGCGAACAUAG